GCUGCCCUUGUCCGCUCAUUGGCCAUGUCUCUCGAGGAGCGCCGCCGCUUCUGCCGCGCGCCUCCCGAGCAGCGCCGCCGCUUCUGCCGCGAGCUCUUGGCAGGCUGGGCCAGCUCCCCUGAGCGUCGCCGCCGUGUGCUCGUCCCGCUGCCGCCGCAGCUCCGCCCUCGGCGCAGCUCCAGGCUAGCGUCGGCGUGGCAGCCGCAGGAGGGCGUGCUGCGCGGGAUCUGCGCGGUCCUGGAGGCGCACGUCUCCCCCAACCCCGACCAGGCCCGCAGCUGGCAGCAGCUCCACUACCCCGACCUCAACAACUACCUCGUCUUCCUCCUCGCCCGCGGACAGGGAUGCUGUUUUGAAGUGCGGCAAGCUGCCGGUCUUCUAUUGAAAAACAAUGUGAUAGCCGAUUCCGUUUCAAUUCCUCCUUCGUCUCAGCAAUACAUCAAAUCGGAGUUGUUGCCAUGUAUAGGGGCGACUGACAGGGCAAUUAGGUCCGCGGUUGGAACAGUUAUCAGUGUGCUUUUUCAAAUUUUUCAAUUCGCUGGAUGGUUCGAGUUGUUUCAGGCUCUAGAACAGUGUUUGUACAGUGACAAUCUGGAUCAGAUGGAAGGUGCUAUUGAUGUUCUCUACAAGAUAUGUGAAGAUGUUCCUGAACAGCUAGAUGUUGAUGUACCUGGUUUGCCCAAACCACCAAUUGAUGUAUUCAUGCCACGAAUGCUGCAGUUUUUCCAGUCCCCACAUGCGAGUCUUAGAAAACUAUCACUGGGCUGUAUCAACCAGUAUAUCCUGGUGAUGCCAUUGGAGCCGUAUGUCUCCAUAGGCCAGUACCUGCAGGGCUUAUCCGUCCUUGUGAAGGAUCCUUCAGCGAAUGUCCGGAAAAUGGUUUGCUCGGCCUCGGUUCAGCUCAUUGAAACAUGGCGAGACGUUAUGGAGCCACAUUUGAAAAAUAUCACUGAAAUGAUCCUGAAAGCUAGUAAAGAUUCGGACGAUGAGGUUGCUCUAGAGGCUUGUAAAUUCUGGUUAGCGUAUUGUAAUUGCGGACUUACUGAAGGACUACGGGAGUUCUUGCCACGCUUAAUACCAACUUUGGUGUCAAACAUGGUCUGCACUGACGAUGACGAAUCACUUACUGAUGCUGAGGAAGACGAACCCUUUCCGGACAGGGACCAGGAUAUAGAUGAUGAUAACGAGUCAUUUACUGAUCAUGAUGAUGAUGAUGAUGAUGAUGAUGAAUCACUGGCUGAUGCUGAGGAUGAUGAUUAUGGUGUGAAUGCUGCAAACUUGCGGAGAUGUAGUGCUGCUGUGUUGGAUGUCCUUUCUAAUGGUUUUGGGGAGGACAUUCUUCCUACUUUAAUGCCUUCAAUUCAGGAAACUUUGGGUCGGACAGAUGACGAGUCCUGGAAGGAGCGAGAAGCUGCUGUUUUAUCGCUUGGUGUUGUAGCAGGGGUUUGCCUUGAUGGUUUGUAUCCUUACCUUCAAAAGAUGUUUGCAGAUGUGCUAUUCCCAUAUCUUGAUGAUAAGUUUCCUCUGUUACGGGAUACUACUCGUUGGACCCUCUCACAGUAUUGCGAGUCCAUGGUUGAGGAGGUGGACAAGCUGCGUGCUGAACUUAUCAAGGCCGACAAGUUAAAGGAGGAGGCGGUGGCUGAGCUUGAUCGUGUCAAGGUUGAACGGAAGUUUCUCUGUGAUUGGCUGUGGAGCCAGGUGCAUUCCCUCAAGGCGUCAUUGGCCAAGAGGGACGACGAGGCGGUGGCGCUCAAGCGGCCUUUGGAGGAGAGGACCGAUGAGUCGGAGGGCUGGAAGAGCAGGUUUGAGGCGGUGAAGCGGGCCUGUGACGAGGUUGCCGCCGAGGCAGCCAAGAGGAGGAGGUUAGAUUAGUCUUAUACCUAGUUUCUGGACCUACACUAGCUGUGCAUGUACAUGCGUGUCUCUACUCUCUAGAGCUUUAGGCACAAACUGUAGAGCGUGCUGUGAAUUGGUUACUUAUGUGUAGCAAUCAGAUUGAGAGAGAGAGAGAGUCUGACAAUUUUUCGUAGUACAUUUUGGAUGAGAGGAUCUAGUGCAGUUUCCUGUGA